GGUUUUUUAACAACGAUGAAAUUAUAGAAAGUGUUCCUGUUUUAUUUCUGAUAAUGGCAAGUGUUACUGGUGGAAUUCUACUCAUUGGGCUGCUUAUGUAUCAAGAACUACCACGAGAGUCAAAUCAGGAAGAAACAAUUUCCAGCGAACUAACUACUGUGUACGAAACGUCAAGACAAUCAUGUAGUAAAGAACUUAGUGGACCAGUUACGAAAUAUUUGGACUGUAGAACAACAACAAAUACCGGAAAAAUAUUUGAAUCAUUGGAAGAAGAUUCAGCCAAUGUGAACGAUGAUGACGAACAACCGUACAGUAAUGGUCCAGUUGAACUUCAUGUGUCACCAAAGGAAGCUCUUAAAAUGAGAGAAUUUUAUCUUUUAUCUAUAGUUUGUAUUUGCUCAUAUUAUCCAUUCAUGUUUGUGAAUGUUUUUUAUGAGACAUAUGGACAGACGUUUAUAUCAGACGACACGUUUCUGUCCACUAUUGGUUCUGUAGCUGGAGCUGUUCAUGCCCUUAGCCGAGUGAUUGUGGGCUUAAUUCAUGACAAAUUAUCUUACAAGGUAAGAAUGU